AUGGAUUACUUUGUCCUUCAGUACUUAGUUGUUACAACCUGGCCAUGUCUCUUCCUAUUACAGAUUAAUACAGUGCAAAAUAGUGGUUCUCGAGCGCCAUUGGGAGACAAGACUAACACAACUAAAGAAGGUUACAGAAUGCAACAUGCUAUCGAAUAUUCCAUUGUGUUUCCUAUGUAUAUGUUAUAUCGAUUUUUUUUAAAACUAUCACCAGUUGAUGCUAAAGACCACAAGAGGGAAAAGGAUAGAGCUCGAUGGCAUGCAAUGUCCCAAGAACAGAGGGAUGAAAAAAAAAGAGGCGACAUCGAGGCCAGGGAAGGGAAGCCGCAAGGAUGGGAGCAGGAGGCACGGCCGUCGCCGGCCGGCGAGAUGCAGCUUCCGGAGAGUAGUGAGUGCGAGGGGAACGGGAACGGGAAUGACGGCGACGCUUGCUGGGCUGUUUCAGUGGGCCGACAAACUGUUACUCUUAAUGGUCCAAAUGCCCUGUUCUUCUUGUUUGAGCCGGAUACUCAAGGUUUCUUCAAUGGCGGAGAAAGAAAGCCCAUAGGGCUGGCAGUGUAA